AAUCAGCUGAUCCACAUAAACCUCCGAAUUAACGCCAGAACUGUCAGAAAACUAUCAACAUGGAAAAUACAGAAGAAACUAAGUCAGAAUCUACUGAUGAUUUUUUUUUAGAACUGUCAAACAAUCCUAUCCGAUUUGAAUCUCUCAGUUGUGUGACAAAUGUGUUUUUUGAUGACUCCAAACAGCAAGUAUUUGCUGUUAGGUCAGGAGGAGCAACUGGAGUGUAUGGACCAAAUGAAAAUUUCUUCUUCAAAAUGGAAGAUAAAGGCCAAGUUAUAUCUAUUAAAUUUUCACCAGAUAUGAGUGUAUUAGCAAUCCAACGAACACAUACGUCAGUGGAAUUUGUUAAUUAUUCGCCGACCAGUGGCUUGGAUGCCAUUGAAUAUUCUCAGGCUUGUAAAAGUAAAAAUGCGACUAUUCAAGGUUUUGUAUGGACUCACAGUAAUGAAAUCUUAAUAGUUACUGAUCAUGGAGUAGAACUAUUUUCAGUCAAUCCGUCAAAGAGAAGUGUUAAGGCACUGAAAUCCCUUAGCUUAGGUGUUAAUUGGUAUGUUUAUUGUCCUCAAAGUAGUAUGAUUCUGUUAUCAUCUGGUACAAUUGGAAAUCAGAUGCAAGCAUUACAUAUAACUCCAGGAAAUUUACAUAAAAUAACAAAAUUUGAAAUGGAAGCUGGACCAGUAAAGCCUGGUAAAUAUGCGGUAUCUGAAAGAGAUGUAGCUUUAACUGUUCUUUAUGGAAUUCCAUGUAUUAUUGUUUUAAGACAUCAUUACGAAGCUAAAUCACUUAGUGCCUAUGUUUGUAUUUAUACUGUACAUAAAAUGUUGACAAUAAAAAAAAGUCAUAUUUUAAAGUUAGAUAUGCGUGGCCGAUUUGCUAUUAAUGUUGUAGACAAUUUAAUAAUCGUACAUCAUCAAGCAUCCAAAACUUCCAUGAUUUUUGAUAUUAUGUUGGGUGGUGCCAGUGAUGGAACUGUAAUGCAUCAUACAAGUGUAGCUGUGCCAAAGCCAAUUAAGCCAUUCAAUCUUAAAGUUCAAGGUGCAACAUUAUCAGAACAGGUCAUACAGCCCUGUCCACUGUAUUCAGAAAAUUGGGUGGUCUUUCAACCCAACAUCAUUAUCGAUAUUAAAUUGGGAUGUCUAUGGUACAUAGAACUACGAUUAGAAGCUUUAGUGAAACUUUUAACCGACAAAGUUCAAUUGAUAGAAUUUUUAUUACAACGUAAAAAUGCUAAACCAAUUCUUUUACAAGUUCUGCAAACUUCUGUAAGUGAUUUACCUGCUAGUCUUAUUGAUAUGCCAGCAAUAUUCGAUAAAAUUAAUGCAGUAUAUCGAGGUCACCUGGAAAAUGAAAUUCAGAGUCAGAUGGGCACACCUUUAGUGAAUGCACUGAAAAGCGGAACAGAAAAUUCUGAUAAUCUUUCAUACAAAUUAUUAUUAGAACAAAGUGAUAUAUAUACUCACAUACUUUCCAGGUUUUCUUUAGACUCAGUAGAACCGAAAAUGGUCAUUUGGGUUUUACUUGAAUACAUAAGAUCAUUAGUGGAACACGGCAUUCCUGUACAACACUUUAUAUACGAACUGGUGAUUACAACGCUUGUACAACGAAAAGCAUAUUAUCAACUCCAUCAGUUAUUGCAGUAUCAUGUUGUAGCUGACUCAAAGCCAUUAGCAUGUUUACUUUUGUCCCUAGAAAAUUUGUACCCAGCAGCACAUCAACUGGCAUUGGAUAUGCUAAAACGGCUUGGCAAUGCUCAUGAAGAAAUAAUUGAAGUUUUACUCUCAAAAGGACAUAUAUUACCGGCUUUAAGAUACGUGAGGUCAGUAGGGCUGAUGAAUCAAGUGUCGGCACGUAAAUUUUUAGAAGCUGCCAAAGCAAUGAAUGAUUCAACAAUCUUUCAUUCUGUAUAUAAAUUUUUUGAACAACGUAAUGUUCGUCUUCAUAACACAACUGCUUUUACUCGAAGUGAACAUUGCCAGUCUUAUGUGCAACAUUUCGAAUCUUUGUUUCGCGGAAUAGAUAAUUCUGGUAAUGUGAGUAUUAAUUCUAGCAUUUCUACUAAUCCAAUACAAGAUUGAAUUUAUACAAGAUGAUGUAUAUUCAUUAAAAAAUAUACAUGUGCAAUUUCCUUUAA